GAGGGAGUAUUGGUUCAGAAGCAUGUGACUACUUAAACUUGAAGGUAGCAGUAGUUAUAAUCUGUAUCAGGUGCAGGUAAGGUAAUGCUUAAAUACAUCUUUAAGUGUGUCAUGUGGAAGAAAGAGCCUGUCAUUUGCAUUACUUCUAAGUUAAGUUGAGCUGCGUGCAGUUAUAGGAUUUGUUUAGAUUGUGGGAAACCUUAAAAUUCAGUUGUAGUUUGUUAGUUAUGAUAUUCUGAAAAUCCAAAUCUUGAUACUGCUAUCAGACAAGAUGCUGACUAGCCAAAAUACCGUCCUGAGAAAACUUUUAGAAUGGAGUGUAAAAAUCUAGAACUGACUUAGGAAGCAGCAUAAUGAGUAGUAGGAGAAAUGUAUUUCCUUGUUCUGUGCCAAGGCUUUCUUGCAAUAGACAUAAAUGAAAAUAUUCUUCAUAUGAAGUACCUGUAAAAAUCUCUGCAAAAUAUUCUGUGAUGUUUCUUGAUGCAUCACUAAUUAAGUGUUAUGUCUUCAUUUCAAUAGAGUAGAAACUUAGGUAAAUGCAAGUUUAUUUUGUUUACGUGGUUGGUAAGUCUUGUCUGAGGGCCUUGCUUUUUGAAUAAGCUCAUUACACUGAGUUUUGUCUGUAGGCUGCUGUGGCCUGGGAAAGCUUGAAGCCACUCUGACACAAAGAAGGAAAAUAAGGGUGAAAUACAGUGAAAAUAAAAUGCAACAUCAACCCCCUCCCUCUCCCUGAUGACUGAUAAACUAUGCACUUCCUUAAAUAACUAUUUUCUGAUUUGCUUUUGGCUAAGCAUUUUCCUGGUCAAGUGGCUUGGGACUUCAUCCUUAGCAAGAAUCCUAAUUUAUAUCAUGGGAGAAUGUUAAGACUGAUAUCUCUGUCCUGAUGUUUACUGUCAGGAAGCUCUUAAUUAGCUCAGGCUGUUUAUGGUGCGUUGUGUAGCAUCAAAACACCAGUGGUGGUUGAAGUAAUUUGUUUUGCUAGUUAGAACUUACCUGCUGAAUUGUUUUCCAGCCUUCCUUCCCCUUGCUCUGCUGCCUAAAGGAGAGAUCUAGUGUAAUUCUACAGUGUAUUUCAUAAUUAGUUCUUCUUGUAAUUAUCUGAUGUUUAAGUUUCUUGCAGCAAUGAGGUAAGACUUAGUGCUGGCCUGCAAGGACUUGGUUUUUCUAUUGAGAUGCGCAGGGAAGGAAUUAAAUUCCUGCCCAGUUGUCUUGGAACUGAGGUGAAUGGCUAUGGGGUUGCUGGCUUCAGCUCCUUUGUAUUUCUGUGCUGGGUCUGGCCCUGCAGACUUGGUGUCUUUACAGACAUGUCCCUAGUGUUGGAGUUGAUAGCAGCCUGCUGUGAGUGGUGGUGGUUUGUAACUAGGCAAGAAAUUACUUUCUGUGACCUGUUCACAGCCUUGGGAAAUAUACCACUGUUUUCCUUCAGUAACUAAAGAAUGAAAAUAUUUGGCUUAAUUAAAUCUCUGUUUAUCCAUGCAUUUCAACUCCACUGUUUUUCUUCAUCCUCCAAAGAAGUACCAGUGUUGGCACCUCUGUGAACCUGAGGAGGUGGCCUUCCAUACAGCUUGCUAAUAUUUAGGGAAAUCAUCUUUGUUUGAGAAGCUGUUUUGGGAACUUUGUAUUUUCUGUUAAUGUUCUUCCUCUAAAUGUUCAUUGUAACUGUUUGUGGUUCACUGACCACCACUUGCACUUUGGUCUAGGGCUUGGUUGGGAGUAGUUCAGGCUUCCCCACCUGAGAAUUAAGUGCAGCUUCAUUACUGGUAAGCCAAGAAAGUUUUUUGGCAGCUACUCUAGUGGAUUUCUAAGCCUGCAAGAAUUGAGAAUUGGGAAUCUAGUCUCUAUCCUGUUGUGAAGAGGAUAAUGCAGCUUGUUCCUAAUACUUGGCUAAUGACAAGUAAGAUGCUCUCAAAUAUAUGGGAGUGACUGGAAGUGGGAGGUUUGCCUGUGGAAGGAUGAUCCACAUAUUGAAAUGUCCUUCCUCUGGGGGAAAGGAACAGGUGACUAUGGAGAGUCAAGCCAAUAUUUUCUCUGCCCUCAAGUCUGGGGCAAGUAAGAAUGUGUCCAGAUCAAACUGUGGUGCAAAUAAAUGCACUGUUAAAAUACAAAGGGUGAACUUUCUUACUUCUCAGGGGUGAGCUCAGUUUUCAAGUUUACAAGGUGGGGUUGGUAAUGAGAAGCUGCAGGAGGAACUGGUACAAGCCCAUCUUGUGGUGCUGCCCAGGUGUGCAGAGUUUGGAGGAGGCCUGUCUGAGCAGAGUGGGAGCAGUUAUAGGAGGGCCAGAGGUGUUAGGGCUAAAAAGGCCUGGGGAGUGUUGGGUGGAGGCAAAACCAAAAUCAAGAUAUCUUGUGCCAGCUCUUCAGUGGAAAAACUGUGUGCCUGGAAGGGAGAUGCUGAGAGGAAUGAGCAUCUUCCUGGAAUGCUGCUGACCUCUCCUUUCCAGAUGCUGUUCCAUCACUGUCAGGCUGAUGUUCUGGGGUCAUAAAACUUAGUUUGGUUGCUAGUGAGCCUUGAGCUGACUGAUGCGAAUUGACCACUCUCUAAUUUGAUAAUUCAGAGGUGUUAUUCUGACAUACUUCAGUUUCACAGAAACCAAGAGAAGCUGAACCUGAAUCUAGAAGGGGUAGGAAUAGCUUGUUUCCUUCUUUGCUCCCUCGUGGUGAGCAGGGUGCACUGGAAUGUGUCUUGGAGGUGUUUUUCAUAGGAUGCUCAGUGUUCGUCCUUUAGGAAGGGGAGUAAGGUUUCUUAAGUGCUCAGAAACAGAAUUAUUUUUUUUUCUUUUUUUACUUGUUUUUGUUUUGAUGUGAAUGCUGAUUUUGGGCUCAAGUUCAUAUUGUAACCUUUGCCCAGAAGCAGAGUAAAUGAGGACUAAUAGUGCAGGUAAAGCAGUGGCUACAGAAAUAACUAGGAUUGUAUUUGGACAGAGACUACUUAAAAUUCACUGUUUGCUUGCUUAGUACUUUAAGAUCUGCCUAGCUUUGGUUGUUCCUGUGAACAAGUCGUGCUCUUGAAGUGUGUGGGGGAAGCACUUUGGUUAAAAAAAGAAUUUAACUUACAACUGGGGAACAACUGCUUCCUCUUUUUUUUCUGUGGGGCUGUGCAGUUUGCUAGCAUGAUAAAAACUGUUAGAGAUGUCUGCUACUCUAAGUCUCCUAGUUUAAUAAUAAGUUGCUGCUUGUUCUGAUUUGCUCAUUAUUUUGAGCAUUUCAGCAAAUGAUAUUCUAGUUACUGGUUUACUAAGCCUUAGUCGUUCCUCUUGUAGAGUUUUCAAGGUAAGAUUGAAUUGAUACUGUCAUGUGAAACUUCAGUAUUGCCAUGCAAGUAAAAUUGAGUGAAUUGAUGCUUCUUGAACAUACCAUGCUAAUGGAUCUGGUAUUAAAGGUUUUGGAGAACAAGGCAUUCUGCUUCUUUAAAGCUGGGCUUGUGUGGAGAGGGCUCUGAGGUACUUGAUGUUCACGUUCCAGUGUAAUAUCCUAACUUGCUCUCCUGGAGACAUUUCACGUUGUUGAACUAGACUGAUACUUUUUGCUAACUUUAGUAGCUGUUUUAUUUUGUUCUGCUGUAGUAAUAUUAAAAUAUUAUGCUGUUCAGCAUUGAAGUGUUUGUGUACACAAUCCCUAACUCCAUUAUGAAGGGCAUUUUCUCCAGUGUGUUUUGCUAAGUCUUUAGUAGGGGUAUAGCAGGAUGUUCAGAAGAUGAUGUGCCUAAAACUAGUGUAAAUAGUUGUAUAACUUGAACGUGGACAUGAUUUAACUGCCAAGUAACAAUGCCAAUAAAAUGACAUCAUCUACUUUAGUGGCUGUUUGUCUAAAUUUCAAAGUGCUUCUUAAAAGGAACCGAAUCCUUCAAGGUCUAGAAAAGGUACCUCACUUGAUGAUCUCUAAAGGAAAACACCAUUAAUGACAAAAUGAACUGUCAGAGUUAAUUCCUGUUCACUGUCUUCAGUACCAAAGGUAAUAAGGCUUAAUUUGUGGUGUUUUGGAGAAAACAGUGAUAAACUUAGAUUCCAUGUUUUUCACUUGAGCUAUCCCUUGUACCAUAGUUCUGUCAUUAGAAUUAUCACUCUGCUUUUGAUCAAGAAAGGAUUUGGCUGUUUUAAGAUUAUGAUUGUGGGUUUUUUAAGCUGUAACAUAAUGCUUAUUAGAUUGUCUGAUCCAGCCAGCUUCUGUUCUUCCAGCAAUUUGAGCUAUUUCUGUGUUUACAGGCAUGAAGCCACACACUUAAUGAUUCCAUUUAAACCUUUUAUAUAACAUUAGUACUUGAGUAUUGCUUUAUAGCUCAGCAUGAUAGAAUUUAGUAAACUUAAGAGUGAAUAUAGUUUGACAGUUUUUAACAAGCUUUCUGUUAAGCAUUAAACAGUUCUAGUAAUGUAUAUAAAGGCUUUGUUCAUUUUCUGCUUUCUCAGUGUUAGUAAAUCUAAAGCUGUCCAAGGUGCAACUGGGAAGAGUAGGUCUGUGUCACCCUCAAGUUAAAGUAGGUUGAAGUUGGAUGUUGUAUUCUGCCAACAAACCCUCACUGGAGGAUUCUAAUGCAUUCCAAUAAUUACAGCAGUGCAUUAGCCAGUAUUUUCAGAUGCAUUUAACUUUUGGGGUGGAAAGAAAUUGACUUAAUCUCAAAAUGCCUGAGCUUUGGGGAAGCUUUAAUGUAUUCUCUUGAAUCUGUAGACUAAAUGCCUUUGGUUUUUUUAAUUACUUACAUGGUAAAUGGUUUCUACAUCCACGCUUCUGGCCCUCUGAAGGAUGCUGUGGGUAGGUGAUGGAGACCCAAGUGAAUAUAGUAACUAAACUGUUUUAAGUAAUAAGUAUUCUACCUGUUCUUCAUACUUGCAUUUUAAUCAAGUAUGAUAGGUAUCCACUAAUGUGGCACUGAGCAGCUGCAGGCGUGAAGAAGAGAUAAAUGGGAAGGAAAUUCAGAAUUGUGAUUCUCAAAACGGUACUAACGUGGCUGGUGGGGGUGUUCUGCUGUGUGGGGACCAGCCUGGAGUUUGCAAUCUGCUCUGCUCGAGGUGGGUGACAAAUAUCCAUGUGAACUAAAAGUUUUGGCUCCCUUCUUGAGGUACAGCAUGUUGAUGGCACCUUAGUUGCAUUACAGUAGCUGAAAUGCUGGAAUUCGGUAUUUGAAUGUUUUCUUUUCACUUCUUGCUGGAGCUCUCCAGGGUGAUUCAACCCUGUCAACCCAGUAGUUCUGUAGUGAAAGAAUUUCUAUGGCUCCAGCUAAGUGUUUUAAAACUAGUUAUUUGUGGUGUGUAACACACACCACGAAUUGAAGAUUAUAAUUUCAAGCUCUUCCUGUGAUGGUCUGUCAACAGUGAUUCUUAAAGUACUCCAGUUGCUUGUGUUUUUGUUUUUAGUUUGUUUUUUUUUAAGUUGCAGGCAGUGAUUGAAGAGCUAGGUCAGUCCCACAGACCUCAUAAGCUCAGGUAGAAAGCCUGUGGGAGCUUCCCUCCUCCCCUAAAUCCCUUCCCCUGUUUUGCUGGGGAAUGAAAUGUUCUUUUCAAUUUCUUUCUGGCCAGAGCUUAUCAGUUGGGUGUUUUUGAUGGUGAGGUACAGGUUCCUAGAUGAGGAGGAUGUGUGGGAUGUGUUGUUCUCCUCCCCUCCUUUUAUGAGAAGAACUUUUCAGACUUGAAGAUGUGUUAAGCUGAAGAAGUGGCAGUGUAGUUGUAGCAAUUGGAGGCAUUUGUGUACUGCAGUUUUACUCUGCAGUCUCGUGCUUGGUUGCCUUCUUGUGUCAAUGUGCUUUUUUUUUUCCCCAGCACAGUUUGUGGUUUAAUACCUUCUCUGUCACUGUCUUGGGAGAACACAGCAACCUCAUCUUCUGCUGCUUGACCAGAUACAUGAAUUUACCAAACAAAAGGCAGAUGAAGCUUCCUCAGUGGGCCAACUCUAUUAGUGAAAGCUUGAUUUAUAAACUGCCUGGAGAGACCAUAUAAUCCAGCCUCCUAGCUUCACUAUGUCCAUUAUCACCUCUGGGAGAGAGAAUCUCCUUGGAAUAUCUCAAGUCCAUAUGGCUAUGUAUGAUGAAGAUAUCUUGAAAAAUCCCUUUUAUUUGGCCAUUCAGAAGCGACGUCCUGAUCUGUGCAGCAAAGUUGCAGAACUCCAUGGAAUUGUGCUAGUUCCAUGCAAAGGAAGCCUUUCAAGCAACAGUCUUUCUACCUGCCAGUUUGAAUCUUAUGUUCUGAAGCCACUAGAAGAAAACUUUCAAACUUUAAAUGGAAAGGAGAUCUUCAUACAAGGAAACCUCAUAAUUUUGGGAGCUGGUUUUAAUUACCAUCUCUCAGUACCUGUUCUCUUUGAGGAAACCUUUUACAAUGAAAAGGAAGAAAGCUUUAGUAUAUUGUGUAUAGCUCAUCCCCUGGAAAAAACAGAAAGCUCAACUGAAUCUGCAGCUUCCUCAAACUCCUAUUCUCUUAAAAAUAUUGAAGAUGUUAGAGAGUUCUUGGGAAGGCACUGUGAGAGAUUUGAUAAAUACAUAGGAUCUUUCUACAGAACAUUUAAAGAACAUGAAAGGAAAAGCCUCCGCCACUAUAUAGAUUCUGUCAAUGCACUUUAUACCAAAUGUCUCCAGCAUCUUUUGAGAGAUUCGCACUUGAAGAUGCUUGCAAAGCAAGAAGAGCAGAUGAAUCUGAUCAAACAAGCAGUUGAAAUGUAUAUCCACCAUGCUAUUUAUGAUCUAGUCUUCAAAUACGUGGGGACUAUUGAGGCAAGUGAGGAUGCUGCUUUUAAUAAAAUCACCAGGAGCCUUCAAGACCUGCAGCAAAAAGACAUUGGAGUGAAACCUGAGUUCAGUUUUAAUAUACCACGUGCAAAGCGGGAACUGGGUCAGUUGAACAAAUGCUCUUCUCCUCAACAGAAGCUACUUUGUCUGCGUAAAGUUGUACAAAUUAUUAUGCAGUCUCCUAGCCAAAGAGUUAACAUGGAAACCAUGUGUGCAGAUGAUCUUCUCUCUGUUUUGCUGUAUUUGCUUGUAAAAACAGAAAUCCCAAACUGGAUGGCCAACUUGAGUUACAUCAAGAACUUCAGGCUUUGCAGCUCAGUGAAGGAUGAGCUGGGAUACUGUCUAACCUCAGUUGAGGCUGCAAUAGAAUACAUACGACAAGGCAACCUGUCUGACAGACCCGCAGAGUCUGAGAGUCUGUGUGACAAGCUGCUUUUAAGACAAAGGAUGAACUUGUUGUCCCAGAUGUCUGCUACACCAAUAGACUGCUUGUUUAAGCAUAUUGCUUCAGGUAACCAGGAGGAAGUGGAGCGAUUGCUAAGUCAAGGUGACAGUGAUAAGGACACUGUACAGAAAAUGUGCCACCCGCUCUGUUACUGUGACAAAUGCGAGAGGCUGGUUUCUGGGAAACUCAAUGAUCCCUCCAUUAUCACUCCAUUUUCCCGGGAUGACCGGGGAUACACACCACUUCACAUAGCUGCUAUUUGUGGGCAAACAUCACUAGUGGAUUUACUGGUAGCCAAAGGAGCCAUUGUCAAUGCUACAGAUUACCACGGUUCUACUCCACUUCACCUGGCCUGUCAAAAGGGAUAUCAAAAUGUUACACUGCUCUUAUUGCACUAUAAGGGAAGUACUGAUGUUCAGGACAAUAAUGGAAAUACUCCACUUCAUUUAGCCUGCACUUACGGUCAUGAGGAUUGUGUCAAAGCUUUAGUCUACUAUGAUGUGCAUUCCUGCAAACUGGACAUUGGCAAUGAGAAGGGAGACACUCCUCUCCAUAUUGCUGCUCGCUGGGGCUAUCAAGGGAUCAUAGAAGUGCUUUUGCAGAAUGGGGCAAAUCCAGAAAUUCAAAACCGGAUGAAGGAGACUUCCCUACAGUGUGCAUUAAAUUCCAAGAUUUUGUCACUGAUGGAAUUAAACUAUCUAACGUUUGAAAGAGGACAAAGUGCUUCUGAGUCACCACUUAGGUCUCCUCAGCUCUCAACAGAAACUUUCAGCAGAGGAUCAUCUGUCUCAAGCCUGUCGUCAGCAUCAACUGAUAUAAGGCAAGAAGAAGUAAAAAACAGUUAUAAAGAGGUGGAAAAACUCCUGAGAGCAGUUGCUGAUGGAGAUCUGGAAAUGGUACGUUAUCUCUUGGAAUGGGUGGAAGAAGACUUGGAAGAUGAGGAUGACACAGUCAGUACAUCAAAACCAGAAUUCUGCCAUCCAUUAUGCCAGUGCUCAAAAUGUGGGCCAGCACAAAAGAAAUUUUCCAGGAUCUCUGCCAAUGGGCUGGGAGUCAACGUUUCAAACCAGGAUGGUUUUACUCCGCUGCACAUGGCAGCGCUGCACGGGCGCUCCGAGCUUGUCUCGCUCCUGCUGAAACACGGGGCCAGUGUCAGUGCCAAGAAUGCAAAACACGCAGCUCCUCUUCACCUGGCCUGCCAGAAAGGGCACUUCCAGGUGGUAAAGUGUCUGAUGGAUUACAAUGCUAAACAAAACAAAAAGGAUAUAUAUGGAAAUACUCCUUUAAUUUAUGCAUGCUUGAAUGGCCACUAUGAGACUACUGCCCUGUUGUUACAGCGUGGAGCCUCUGUGAACCUUUCCAAUGCCAAGGGCAACACGGCCCUGCACGAGGCCGUGGUGGGGAGGAACGAGGCCCUGGUGGAUCUGCUCCUGCAGAACGGGGCCCUGACGCACCUGAGGAACGACAGGAGCUGCACCCCUGCAGACUGUGCUGAGCCCAACUCAAAUAUCAUGAAGUUGCUGGAAGCAGCACCAAGCUCUGUACCCACAUCAGCAGAAGGAGAGGAGAGUGAGCAGCAUGCUGCUGUCAAGAUAAGGAAAAAAGUGCAUUCUAAGCCCUGUGAGAAAGCCGAUGAUCCCAUAAGCAGACAACUUCAACUGGUCCAAUCAAUUAACAGAUUUAACAAAGAAAAACAUUUACGGAGAACAAUAACAAGAGAUAAAAGUGUCCCUAAUUUUGACUAUCAGUUACUGCACCAGAUGGCUAUUAAAAGCUUUGAUAAAACCAAGUUAAAGUCUGUGGGAACGCUGGCCCAGAGCACAGCUGAGGGUGUGGACACGGGAAGCAGUGGUGAGUUUGUGGAACACGAUGACACGAUGGAAGUUCCUCACAGGAGCAAGUUAAUGCAGCGGAGACACACAGUUAACGUGCCCCUUCCAGCAGAGGAUGGCAGUGACAGCGGUUCAUCCAGCCCUGGAAGUCUGGGUGUUUCACAGUCACAAGACUGCUGUGAGGACUCCAUUUCAGAUCACUGAAUUUGAGGCCAAAAGCUGAGGAACUCGGUGGUGUGAGUUUUGUUAACCUUUCACUGUGUGUCAAAGACGUCAGUGCCACUCGCAGGCCUGUGCUCAGAGCAGAGGACAGGACAGCUCUGCAGCACAAACUCAAUGUUUUAGCACUUUGAAGACUGACUCCUGUUUAUGGUGGAGGUAACUAACAGCCAGAUCAUUACUGAUCUCACAAACAGGGACAUACCAAGAUGUAGACAGCAGAAUUACUUUCCUAUCCUACUUAGCACUUAUUAAAAAAUUCUAUGUAACAGUAAACCAAAUGAAACCCUGUAUUGUAUUUUUCAGCCACCCACUUUGUUUUAAAAGUCUUUGAAUAAUUUUUGCAUUUUUCAGUUUUUAUCACUACAUUGAGAAUAUAUUUAUAUAUAUAUAUAAAAAGAUAUAUUGGAUAACAAGGUAUUUAUUGCCAGAGAUAACUGAAAUGUCUCUAUUUUUAUUGUAAUGUUACAAACCAUUAUAGUAUAUAUUUCUGUAUAGUUCAGUAGCUGGGCAGACAAUAGUGCAUAACAUCUGCAGCACUGCAUUAUUAAUGUGAAGGGAUGCAAUCCUUGCUGAUUCCUUGGCAAUGCUCCCCUGUAUUAGAGCUGCAGCAUCAAGUUCCUACACGGGAGCCAAAAUACUGGGGAAAAAGUAGAGAGCCCUUGACAAAGCUGAACUUUGGACUUGGCUGUUCACAGCCUAAUAAAAAACAAUGCAGAAGCGUGUAGGGACACACAAAAUGGUUGGGUUUUCCCUUCCUCUAAAGCAAGCAAUGCCAAAAUGCACCACUGUUCAUGAUUCUGAACCUGGGCAACAUCUGCAGACAGAACUGCUUAGGAGCCUGCUCUGGACUGCUCUUAAAAAGGUGACAUUCCCAUAUGAAAGGUACUUCUCUCAUCAGUGAGCUUUGGUUGGAAUAGGCCAAAUCCCACCCCAUUCCCUGGGGUGAUCUCUGAAAGAUCACAGGGAACUAUGAGGUGGCUGCUUAGAUUUCAGCUUCAUUUUCCACUGUUCAGUUAUGUGUAAAUAGCACAAGCCAGGUUUGACAGUGCAGGAUUUUUUAUUCUUGGCUCAUCACACCCAGCUUGCCUUUUAUUUCUAUUUCCAAACUAUUUGUAUGGAUAAUUUUCUUUUAACUGUGGUAUUAGUAACCUGCCUGGCAAAGUACAAAGCUGGAAGACAGACUGAUGGGUUUUUCAAAUAACUUUUUAAUCUAAGAGUUAAAAUGUCAAAUGACAUUUGGAUUUGAUGGUAAUGUGUUUAUUUUUCUAAUAAUUUAUGAGUUCAUAUGAUUUUCUGAUGUGCCUUGGAUUUGUGCCAAAUGAUAGAAAGCAAAAACUAGUAAAAUAACUCUUGAAAAA